AUUUUGUUACCGAAAUAAUCAUUGAAGGCUUUCUGAGGAACUCUUACAGCUAGGGUUUUGGGGAUGUCGACAGCGAAAUCGGUGGGAGCAGGCGACAACGGGAAGAUCCGGCAACAUCGGAGCAGGCUGCGAAUGCACGCCCCUUCGUCGAUUCAGGUGGUUCCGACCUCCGGCAACAUGGCGGAAUGGAAGAUCGCCAUCCCGCUCCUUUCGCCGCUUGAUAUUGUUUCCAUCCCCGUCAUAGAAGAUCACCGGGGACCCGAGCUUUCGGGCAAGGCUGGAGAUGCAGCAGAGAAAGCAUCAGCCAGUGUGACUGAAGGAAGGGAAGAGGCCGGACGGUGGCGGCAUCCGGCGGAGCCCUUUUACUACGAACCGGCGCCGGCGAACGCGCCGGUGUUUACUAUUCCGCACUGUACAUGAUAAGUUAGAUCUGAUCCUGUUGUUAUUCCUCGCUAGAGCUGCGAGGAUGGAAAUGGUGUUUUGAUAAUCGAUAUAUGAUACUUAAUGGUGGAGAAGGAUCAUUAUGUUCGAUCCUUUAUCAACAAACUAAACAGAACCUUUAGGGUUAUCAAGAAAUGGAGUAAUGAGAUUUAAGAUUUGUUAUGUAGAGAUUUAUGAAUGGUUUGUGUAAAUAAAUUAGAGUGAUGCUGUAACCUGUACAAAACCCAAAGAUUAUCCCGAAAUAAGAUUGAAGAUUUGUUCGAAACAGUGGCAAGAACGUAUCACUGUGGGUUUGAAUUGAAUUACUUAAGCAGAAUACAAAUUGGGCGUUUUUGCUUUU